CAGCUGCCCAUCUACUCGCAGCCCGCACCGCCCGUGACGCUCGUCGAGACGCACACGGCCCUCGAGCGCCACGUCGGCGACGCACGCCGUGCCGUCGUGGGCACGGCGUACCAGGCGCAGCACACCGUGCAGGGCCUCGUGGAGCGCUGGAUUGGCGUUGAGCGCGCUGUGGAGCGCAAGGUCACGUCGCUCGUGCCCGCCAACGAGAACAUGACGCCCGGCCUGCUCUACGUCGGUGUCGCAACACUCGCCGGCUCCGUCUUCACACGGUACCGUGCCUUCCCGCUGCGGCUGCUCACCCCGCCGCUGGCCUUCGUCGCGUCGCUCAACUACUUCCUGCCGCAAACGGCGGCCAACGUGGGCGCCUUCUACCGCGACGUCGAGGCGGCACACGCGCCGGCGGUGCGCGAGCAGCGCGAGAACCUCGUGCACUACACGCGCGGCAUGGCCAACAAGGUGCGCGGCAUUGCCGAGGAGGCCAAGAGCGAGGCCGAGGGCAAGUGGGAGGAGGGCCUGCAGGGCGUCGAGAAGUACUCGGGCCUCAAGGUGGCCGGCAAGACGCCGGGACAGGUCGUCGAGGAGGCAAAGCGCGCCAUCUAG